AUGGAAGAACAGAAACUCGAGUACAAUAAGCUCAAAUUAGAGCUCAAAGCAGCGAUUGAGGAACGCAAGGAGCAGGAAAAGGAGUGGGAUCGUCUACAACAGGAGAUAUUUGACAAAGAAACAGAGUAUUUGGGUGGAAAUAGCUCAAGUUAUCACGGAACUAUCAUCAAGGGUUUUGACGGGUUUGGCAAACAUACGCACGAAUCGUCGCAGAACUUCAGUGAUAAAGAUCGGAUUUUUUCGCUGAGCAGUUCUCUGUUUGUGAAACAGUUGGAAGGAUUACAAGAAGAAGAGUGA